UCUGCCGAGCUGCCCAGACCCCACACCCUUCCUUCCUCACCCAAAGUCACGUGGCCCUUGCACAGCCCUAGAAUCCUGGGAAAAAGCAGCUACUGGGGGUGGGAAGGGCAAAACUGAGGGUACAAGCUGUGAUUUAUAUCUCCCGUCUCCUCUGACGUACUCAGCUGCCUCUCAGCACGUGGAGUUUUCCACAUCAGGGCCCCCCACACACACUUAGUUUCCUCCAAAACCUCCGCCCUUCCCCUCCCUUUGUCUUCCUGCCUCUUACCCUUCCUUCUACCCUAUCCUUAAGGGAGGGGACCCCACUGGUGGGAGGAAGGAAAUGGGUAUUUGGCACGGAGUUAGCAGGGGUCUUUGGAGAAGUUAGAAACCCAGGACACUCCAGUUGUAGCCUCUGAGAUGAAAGGUGGGGACACAGUCUGCACCCAGCCCUCUUUGCCCCACACCCACCUUGUGCCAGGCUCAGCGUGGGCCUGUCUUGCUUCACUGCAUACCUCUCAUUCCACAGCCAAGCCAGCCCAGCUGGGGGAUUGGGGAGGCCCCUGAGGGGAGCAUGGAGGAUCCUGACACGGAAAGGAGGGAAAUGGGGGCUUAUACUCCAGUUCAGUAAUGUCUUGUGUGAUUGCCUAGGUGUCGAAUUGGCCCCUUGGAGACCGAGCCCCAGCUGCAUCUGCCAGAAGAGAACCAGGGCUGUCCCACUGUGGCCUUGGAGCAGGAAGUGAGACCGGGACAAGUGCUCAGUCUUGGCCUGGGUGGCGAUGCAGAGGUUUCUAAUCCAUCAUAAUUAAUAGAACUGGUGACAGUUCUGAUAACUCUGAGCUGCUUAGAUUAGCCACGGGAUCACUUGGGCCUGUGAUUUUUCCCCCUCAGGGACCCUUGGCAGCAAGAUCAAGCUGGUGGCUGAGGGUCAAAGAUCCGCUCACCAAGGGGGAAAUUCAAGUUCAGGAAGUUGAAGUUUGGAGGGAAGCAAUGCCUGAUGGCCUCAUCCUGAGCUUGUGGCACCAAUACCCAGGAAAGUCACCAAGUACUGAGCAGUUCGUACAUGUGGGGAGCUUUGAUCUGCAGUCACACUUCUUAUUACUACCUAUGAGAUGAGUAGUAGUAGUUCUAAUUCUCAGAAGAAGAAAUGAGCUCUUGAGGCUCAAACUUCAUGCCUGUGUCACUUUGGUAAAUGAUGUGGUCUUGUUUGAAUCUAGGUUGGUUGGAUUCCAGACCCAUGGUUUUCCCCCACAGACCUUGUUCCUUCAACCUUUAUCUUACUGGGAGACUCAAUGCCCCAACUCCCAGGUCUUGAGUUUCUUGAACUGUUCUUACCAACAAGAGGCAGUGGCUCUGAUCCCUCGUUCCUUCCCCCACUGAAGGCUACAGUAGCCUGUCUACGGUCAUUCUCUGUCUCUGUCUUAUUGUCCCUUUUAUUCCAUUCUCUAACCCCCAAUGAAAGCUGAGUCGGAGACAGAAGCUUCUCCUUGGCUCUCAGUGCCUCCCAUGGGGGCCCCUCCUUGGCUGCAUCCGUUAGUCACUCCCCAGUAAGUCCCCCCCACCCCACCCUCGUGGGGCGGGGAGACAAGGGCAGCCUGGAGGCAGUGGACUUUUGGCCCGUUUCGUUUAUUCCCUCCACCUCCUUGUCAACAUCUGCCUCUUGGCUCAUUCGUCUGACCGACCGUCGGACCGGACUUUCAGGGCAGCAGAGACCCAGAGAGAGGGGGAAGGAGGCAAAAACCAGGAUAAAGACAAGAAGCUGAGGCUGCAGCUGGGCUUCCGCUCUCUCCGCCCUGCCUUAACACCUCUUCUUAGCCAAAGCCCGUCAAGGUCCCCUGGGGCUCGGCCCCUCCCCCUCUGGGGCCCCACGUGCCCCUCAGAGCCUGCAUCCCACCAUGUCAGAGGCUGUGGAGAACUUUGGCUUCUUCAUGGCUGCCCUGGGGCUGCUGAUGCUGGGGGUGACCCUGCCACACAGGUACUGGCGAGUGUCCACUGUGCACGGGAAUGUCAUCACCACCAACACCAUCUUCGAGAACCUCUGGCAGAGCUGCGCAACGGACUCGCUGGGAGUCAGCAACUGCUGGGAGUUCCCUUCCAUGCUGGCUCUCUCCGGAUACAUCCAGGCCUGCCGGGCACUCAUGAUCACCGCCAUCCUCCUGGGCUUCCUGGGCGUCUUUUUGGGCAUAGUGGGGCUGCGCUGCACAACCAUUGGGGGCAUGGAUCUCUCCAGGAAAGCCAAGCUGGCGGCCACUGCAGGGGCCCUACACAUACUGGCUGGUUGCUGUGGGAUGGUGGCCAUCACCUGGUAUGCAGUCAACAUCACCCGGGACUUCUUUGACCCUUUAUAUGUCGGAACCAAGUACGAGCUGGGCCCUGCGCUCUACCUGGGCUGGAGCGCCUCCCUGCUGGCCAUCCUGGGCGGUGUCUGCCUCUGCUCCAACUGUUGCUGUCCUCCUGACCAGGACCCCGCCCCUGGCGGCCGGCUGCCCUACAAGGCCUCCACAGUGCAGUCCACCGGCCUCUCUACCCGCCUGCCCCCCGCGGCCUCGAAUGAAGGCGACAGCAGCUUUGGCAAAUACGGGAAAAACGCUUACGUGUAGGAGACCUGGCCUGUGGACCCCAUUCCUUUCCCACCGCCCCUCAGCGCAGAGGGGUUCUCAGAACCCUGGAGCUGCAGGAGCAGACCCUAGGUGUUACAACCUUAGAGGCAAGCCACUCCCCACCGGCCAGCCACGCAGGGCUCUACCCUGGGCCUAGAAGCGGUGCGUGGCCAGGCCCCGCCUCUCCAGCCCGAGCUCCGCCCCAGCCACACCCACUUCGUCUGGCCUAGAACCUGUCUCCUAAGAACUCAUUUCAGCCUCCUGAGGUUGGACCCACCCUUCUUUAUCUUGAGUCUGGGCUCUCGGCUGUUAGGGGGGUGGAGGUGCCCCCAAGUGUUUGCAUUCUAUAUAAAUACAUGCAUAAAUAAAUUUGUAUUGUGAACUGU